UUACUGGAGUUCAAGAAGGGGAUCGCGGGUGAUCCCACUGGUGUGGUUCGCAACACUUGGAACCCAGUGGCAUGGGGUUCUGCUUCGGCGGUGGAUUCCUGUCCGCGGUCCUGGCACGGCGUCGCAUGUGAUGAUUCCGGCGCCGUGAUCGGCGUUGCGCUUGAAGGCCUCGCUCUCUCCGGCGAGCUCAAGUUCAGCACGAUUGUCGGGAUGAGGGCUCUGCGGAACCUCAGCUUGGCUGGGAAUUUAUUUACUGGCCGCCUUGUGCCGGCUAUCGGGGCAAUGUCAUCGCUGCAGGUGCUUGAUCUGUCGGACAACCGCUUCUAUGGCCCGGUUCCGGGAAAGAUAACCAAUCUAUGGGGACUCGUGCAUCUCAAUCUCUCAUGGAAUGGUUUCAGGGGUGGAUUCCCCGCCGGGAUCCGUAAUUUGCAGCAGCUGAAGGUGCUUGACUUGCGAUCCAAUGCGCUCUGGGGUGACGUUGGGGCCAUACUUUCGGAGCUGAGGAAUGCGGAGCAUGUGGAUCUGAGCCGCAACACGUUCUAUGGGGACCUUUUCAUGGAGUCAAGUAAUCUCUCGAGCUUGUCCAAUACAGUCAAGUACAUGAAUCUGAGCUCUAAUCGACUGAGUGGAAGGUUCUUCUCCAAUGAUUCUAUGAGUUUGUUCAGGAACUUAGAAGUUUUGGAUUUAGGACACAAUCAGCUCAAAGGGGAGCUCCCUUCGUUUGGUUCCCUGCCUAAUUUUAAGGUUUUUCGUGCUGGUAAUAAUCUGCUUUAUGGACCGAUUAGUGUUGAUCUAUUUGGGAGUGCAAUGCAGUUGAUGGAGCUUGAUCUGAGCGGGAAUGGGUUUACAGGAUCCCUCCAAACUGUAAAUUCUACAACUUUGAAGUCCUUGAAUCUUUCUUCAAAUUCAUUAACAGGCCAAUUACCCUCUAGUGUUGGGACCUGCUUGGUUUUGAAUUUGAGUAAAAACAAACUUUCUGGAAAUCUCGCCGCAAUGGAAAAUUGGAAUUACGCAUUGGAGAUCAUCACAUUGAGUUCAAAUGAGCUCACAGGCUCUCUACCUUCUUCACUAGAAAGAUACCCAAAUUUAUCGAUCGUUGAUCUAAGCCUAAACCAACUUACAGGCUCUGUUCUUCAAAGCUUCUUCACAUCUCCGACCUUAACGAGUUUGAAUCUCUCCGGAAAUCAGUUUGAUGGACCAAUUCCUCUUCAAGCAUUGCAGCCAACAGAAUCAUUACUCGUAUCUUCAUAUAAUCAUUUACAAAGUCUAGAUUUAUCGCAUAAUUCAUUAUCCGGAUCAUUACCCCCCGAAAUCGGUACCUUGAGGAGUCUUAAUCUUUUGAAUCUUUGCAAUAAUUUGUUAUCUGGUAAGCUUCCUAUCGAAAUAAGUAACCUUUAUGAACUGGUGGUUCUCGAUCUCUCCCUCAAUCAUUUUCAUGGAGGGAUUCCAGACAUGGUUCCGUUCAAUCUCAAGGUUUUUAAUGUCUCCUAUAACGAUCUUUCUGGCAAAAUUCCUCAAAAUCUGUUGAAAUUUCCAAUGUCAUCAUUCCAUCCCGGAAACACUUUACUCGUCUUUCCAAACCAUCUCUAUGUAGGAAAGAAUAACAGCGGAGUCGUCCAAAACAUGAGUCGCCGCCAUCACUCUAACGCUGGCAUCAGAAUCGCGUUUAUCUUUGGUUCCAUCGGAGCGCUGAUGUUCAUAUUUUUUAUGUCCAUUGCUUUCUAUAAGAUCAGAUCCCAAAAAUUUUGUUCAAAGUCUGGGUUUGGAGGAGAGGCUGCUUGUGGAAGAGAUUUGAAAGAUGAUCCAUUGCCUGCUUCGACGAGUUUUUCGAACGACCACUUAUUAACAUCUUCGUCUCUAUCACUAUUUACAUCAAAGGAUUUAUUAACAGAAACGGCGGAUAAUGGGUAUUCAGAUCCGAGGGGCUCUAACGUCGAACGGCCAUCAGGACUUGGGGAAUGCAGAUCUUUGCGAGGUUCUCUUCGUUCUUCUUCACCGCAUUCUGUGGAUUCGCAUAUACGCGAGACGCCGGUGGUGUUGGAUGUGUACUCGCCUGAUCGGCUGGCCGGAGAGCUUUUCUUUUUGGAUGGUUCGUUAAGAUUUACAGCGGAGGAAUUAUCGCGAGCUCCGGCGGAGGUUCUCGGCAGAAGCAGCCAUGGGACGUCUUAUAAAGCAACGUUGGAUGGUGGUCAUAUUUUGACGGUGAAGUGGUUGCGGGUGGGUCUGGUGAAACUUAAAAGGGAAUUUGGGAAGGAAGCUAGAAGAGUUGGGACUAUUAGACAUCCGAAUAUCGUCUCUUGGAGGGGAUAUUAUUGGGGUCCUAGAGAGCAAGAAAGGCUAAUUGUUUCAGACUACAUCCAUGGAGAUAGUUUGGCGCUUUACCUGUAUGAGUCGACGCCGCGCCGAUACUCCCGAUUAUCUGUCAACCAGAGGCUCAAAGUAGCCAUCGAUAUCGCCGGAUGCUUGUGCCAUCUUCAUCACGACCGAGGAUUGCCGCAUGGUAACCUAAAACCGACCAACAUAUUUCUCACCGGUCCGGAUCUCACACCAAAGCUCACCGAUUACGGCCUCCACCGCCUCCUAACCCCCGGCGGCCUCGCCGAACAAAUCUUGAAUCUCGGAGCCCUCGG